UGUAACCUUAAGUACUCGAUCCAUUUGGUAAUUGUUUGUGAAGGUCCCUCUGAGUUCUUAUGACUGAGCGAAAAUUUAUACCGACAGAAAGAAACACUGAAAGAUACCAAACCGCUGAAGAGGUGCGAGUCUUCUCAUGCGAAAAUGAUCGCUUAUGCUGCUUGCAGGACUCUACCGAGUCGAACCCAUCCCGAUGUUUGAAUGCAUUGUAGUUCACUGGAUGCUUUUAUGCAUCUAGCGUGGAAACCUAUUACACCAGUUAUAGGCCCAUCCAAGAAAGCCGUUUGACCCAGUUUCAUAUUAGUUGUGUAUCCUUCUUCCCUAUCCUCCAAACAUACCUUCAGUUUCACGGUGUCGACGUUUAGCACCCCGGUAAAUUCUUCCCACGUCUGUUAGAAUCUCUAAAUUCUCUCUGUAAAUCGUCCUGUGUUAAGUCCAACUACACUGCACCUCUGAUUGACGUUCUUAUUCUCUAUUUCUCUUGUUUUCAUGGUCCUACCUCUUUGUUACAUCCGUAAACUGGAUGAAGGCAACAGUAUCUCUCCAGACAAAUGCUGGGGUGGUACUUUAUCAAUUUACAGCGGAGGGUCUAUUUUGUGUGUACUGUCAUGGACAACGUCAUGAUUAGGUUAGAUGGAGUAACCGCGAGAUACCAAACCGCCUUGUACCUUGGGUGCGUCACAUGAAGUGCUGCUACAUUUCCCUUGAACCACACUUCCACCUGGGCAUACUAUAUAUUUUAUCAAGAUUCAUUGCCGAUUUCGAAUUCACUCGCCUAUAUUAUCCCAAAAUCUAUCUGUCUAUCUCACACUUGUCUCACAUUUUAGGGAUACGGCCCUUCGCCUAUGAUCCUGCGCUAUUCUCUGCAACUUCCUGGUUACCGGAUCCAGUUGUCUUCGGUUUGCGCGACAACCCGAAAUGCACGCACAUACAGGAUUGAAGCUGUACGGUCAGCUAGUCAUUGGACCGCCUGGAAGCGGGAAAACCACGUACUGCGCGGCGAUGGCCGACUUUCUCACAGAAAUCGGUCGAAAAGUCCAUAUAGUCAACUUGGACCCGGCGAACGAUUUGCUUCCCUACACCUGCGCUGUUGACAUAGGCGACCUCAUACGCCUGGAAGAAGUGAUGGAUUAUCUUAAUCUUGGCCCCAAUGGUGGUCUGGUUUAUUGCAUGGAGUACCUGUACACUAACCGUGACUGGCUAGCUGACCGACUUUUUCAACUAUCUCUCUCGGAUCCCAAAUGUUAUCUGCUAUUCGAUUGUCCUGGCCAGGUUGAAUUAUACACCCACCAUCCUUCCACUCGCCAACUUAUAUCUUUUCUCACAAGUACGCCGGAUCACUCAGUUCCAGUAGCUGGGAAGGAAUGUGACGACGUGACAUUCUCUAACGGUUUGAGACUCCAUUUGACAGCCGUUCAUCUAAUCGAUUCACAUUACUGCUCUGACCCCGGAAAAUUUAUCUCCUGCCUACUAACAUCUCUCUGUACCAUGCUGCAAUUCUCUCUGCCACAUGUAAAUAUUCUGAGCAAGGCGGAUUUGGUUGAACAAUUUGGGGAACUGGAUUUCGGUUUGGACUUUUUUACCGAAGUUUUGGAUUUGCAGUAUCUCGUGGAUAAAAUCAACAAGCACAACGACCCAUUCUUGGCUAAAUAUGAACGCCUGAAUCAAGCGUUAAUCGGUCUGAUUCAGGACCACUCUUUGGUUCAAUUCUUGCUGUUGGAUAUCUCCGAUUUAUCACAUAUCGAACGAGUGAUGCGAUAUGCCGAUCGUGCUAAUGGAUAUGUGUUCGGCCCCGUGGAACAGCAUAACUUGCAAGCUCUGUUGCACUACGCUUCGGGUGUGGAGCCGAAUGCCAAUUGGAUAGGAUUGGCUCAGGAGAAGUACCUUUCCCAAAAUGUUGUACAAGAUCCAACUGUCGAUCAGGACUUUCCAGCUGAGCGCAUGACACAUCCACUGGGCUCCAUCGACGAACUUAUGUGAGGUUGUGCAUAUGCAUUUUGACAGAGUGCGUUUCAGCUUCGUGCCUUGUGCUUGUUUUGGCGCUAUCCUCCUUCAUCUACUGAAUAAUGCCUGCAUUUCGUUUCUUCUGUUUGCGAUUGGUGUGGAUAUUUUUCUGAACGCAGUCAUGCUCCACAUGGGACGAUGCUUUAAUCACUGGCGUUUCAUGUGAUGAUAUCUGCCUUUUGUCAUCGCAACAACGCAUGGCCGAACUGCUUAUUUUACAAAGUGAGGAUAGUGAUGUUUUUGGUAGAAUCAACUUCUUUGUACAUGAAUUGUGCAGCUCGAAAAUCCCCUCAAUCGAUUUCAAAACGGUUUUCUACUCUUUUGUAAUCAUGGUCUUACUCCAUGGCCAGACAAGGGAACACUUGGGUGUGCUACAUUCUCAUCUGUGCUGGCCAUGUGCCUCAUAACAGAUGCGGAUCUACUCCGCGAUUAUUCGAAGUCCCCGAGCUUAAUUCUUGAUCAUUGUCCUUGCAUCUUCAUGUGAUAGUGUAUUCCAUGUAUUAACAUGCACGCCUUUCUACCCCGCCUACUCGAUAUUCUCCGAUAUUCCACUACUGCGCGACCGGUUCAUAGUGUCGAUUGUAGCAGUUAAGAGAGCGCCGACGAUCCCGCCCUUCCUACUUUGUGAGUCUGCACAAAGACGACUCCACCUAAGAAAGCAUUCGUUCAUCUUGUCUGAAUGACAGUUCUGGGACUCAAGACGUCCGUACACUCUCGGCAGCAAUCGAUGUACUUAAGUUGCUAAUGGGCCACGCAAUUAAUGGCGAAAAUAUCAACAGCAACGGAAUUAUAUUUGGUCUUGUGCAGUAGUCUUGUAAUUUCGACUUGAGCUUCCUGUAUUUUCAAUCCGAUCGGCUUUGCUGGGCCGCGUCUCACCUUGUUGCGGAUAUACCAAUUAUAUCAAACAACUUAGUGGCACAUUGAGCCAGCUCUCACGCAGACCUCGAGUCAGCAAAACGUGUGACGUGCUUUCCCUGCACAUCGGCUUCUUUAUUCGUGCCGAACGAGAAUGGUGUUCGUAUAUAACUUGGCCAUACCGAAGGCGUUCCAGCCUACUCACAAUAUAUGGUCAGCGAGUUUAUCUCAAGUAUUCUUACCAUACGUCAUUAGUUGAUCUUGAUAACUGCUGGUUUUGCUGGAUUACUAAUUGUUUACCCAAAUUCCCAGCAACCCAUCAUCAAUCCUCGAAGGCGCCCAACUCUCAUGUGUCUUGAGCUUCGCACAUCUGUUUCUCAUUGGGGCAUGGUUAACAACUUUUGUACAUUACUCUCACUUAGGAACCUGUUACUGGGAUACUACACCUGUGAAUUAUAUCGCUGUUUUUGAAGUGCCAUUUG